ACAUGAUAUCUCCUAACGCACAGUACGCAGCUACGGAAGCCCGGGAGUUGGUUUACCCAGCUAGCGAGCCAGCUUCCUCAAAAUGGCCAGCCUGAGGAGGGUCGCCGCCGUCCUGAGGAAUGUUUUUAGGAGUCCUCGCCCACUGAAAGGUGUCUCAUUGAGCCGUGCUGUCGGACCCGGUGUUCUGAGCUGUGUCAUCGGAACCGGGGUCAUCUAUUACCACUAUCAUGCUUACUACAGGACUCUGCCCUUCACCGUUCAUGCCGACGCACCGAAAGAAGCUGCAGCCCCUCAGCUGUCUGCCAGAAAGAUCCGUUUCAACCAGUUUGCCUCAGUGGUCUACGAGCACGAGCCCUACAUGACCCCCAGAGACUUCCUGUUCUCAGUGAUGCUGGAGAAUGUUGACCGUAAGCUGCACCGACACACCUUCAGUUUGACA